AGAAGGAAAAAAAAGAGUUGAAAGCAAGAGAAAAAACCUGAAAGAGGAGCAGCCAGCCAACAGCAGUAGAGUUGAUUAGGGUUAGGGAUAGCAACUAAAAAGAAAAAAGAAAGAGAGAGAUGGGAGGUAAAGGAAGAAGAAGAAGAGAGAAAAACUACAGAGCGGCGCAUGGAGGAUCCCAUUCUCUACUACCUCCCCCACCAAAAUCCUCCCAAGUGGACGCUCUCCCUUCCAAACUCCGCAAACUCAUCUCUUUAACCUCUCAGCUUCACGACGACUCUGCUAAAAAUUCAAUGUCCGGUCAAGAGAAUACGAAACAAGAAGUCGGUGAUGCUAAGAAAAAACGAGCUCAUGAGGAAGGGAAUGAAGCUACAAUGGUGAAAGAUGAAGGUGUCGAAGAAAUUGUGGAGGGUAGUGGAGAUGAAAAGAGGAAGAAGAAGAAGAAGAAAAAGCAAGUAAAUGAUCUUAGGUUUGAAAUGGGACUGCAUAAAUCAAAAACUGUUGAGAAACGCCGCGAGCGCAAGAAAAAGUAUUUGGAAGCAAAGAAGAAGAAAAACAAGAAAUCCGAGGAGUGGCAGGACUUUCCUGGAUGUGAGCAGAUACAAUUUGGAGAUGUGGUCCAAGCUCCCCCAAAGUUUACUGCCCCUUCUAAGUUGCUUAAGAAUGUCCAUGACGCAUCUCGGGAAAGGCUUCGUUUACAAGCUAUUGAGGCCUACAGGGGUCGCAAAGGGUGGACUUCCAGACCAGGGCUUCAUCUUCCGCCUCCUGUGACUACAACGUCAUUGCAAUGAUACGAGCAUAAUGCAUAUCCAUCUUGUUUUUAUCGUCUUUUCUUGCUUGUAUAUUAUCUAAUGUAUAAGAGUUUGAUCAUGGACGGCUCUCUGUGAUCCAAUUUGGUCUUCUCCUUUGAGUUAAGAAAAAAGGUUCGGCCCUUUUUCAUCCCUGCUGGGCAUAAUAGACGAUAAUCAUCAUUAAUUUGUGACUGGCAAAGCCUUUUAUUCAUUUCAAAUUUAGUGACUGAAAA